GCUGUUCUCAUGACACCAUUGCUAGCUGUUUCAUCUAUUUUCUUCAUGCGUGUUUUUUUCCCACAUCGCUCUUGGGUGGCGGAAGAUUGGGCCUUUGGAGGGAGGUUCCCGAGAUGUUCGUCCAAUGAGUCCGCACUCGAUUCCGUUCCAAUGGUUCAAAUGCUAGAGCAGGAGCGGCCGGAGGCGCAGGGGUUUCGCUACCUGCCUGCUUCGGGCAAGGUUCUAGGGUUGCUUCUCGAUCUAGGGCGGUUUCGUGCCGUGUAGAUGCGAUUCAUUCUUGGCUCCUCCCACAAUAUGGCGUGUGUUUGAUAGACAGAACCGGACCCAUAAGGUUCUCGGCAUUUCCCCUCUGUGACUGCUCCUUGUGCUUAAUUAACUGCCAUUUAUGGAGCUCGAGAUGGUGUCAUUAACGGGGAGAUGAUUAUGUAUGCCUUGUUGUACUAGGUUUCAGUAGAGAUAUGGAUUCCUCUACUCAUGGCUCAGCUCAUGAUUUGCUCAUCUUAAGAGUAAAGUUGUGUUACUACUCCCUUCGUCCGAAAAUACUUGUCAUCAAAAUGGACAAAAAGAGAUGUAUCUAUAACUAAAAUACAUCUAGAUGCAUCUCCUUUUAUCCAUUUUAAUGACAAGUAUUUCCGGACGGAGGGAGUACUAUUUAGUACUUCUCCUCUAGCAGUGUCAGAUUCUCCCCUUUCAACCUGCACGUGUUCGUUUAUUAUUGGCGAACCAUUUGCGCCUAUGUUACCCAAUUACUCCCUCCGUCCCAUAAUAUAAAAGCAUUUUUGACACUAGUGUAGUGUCAAAAAUGCUCUUAUAUUAUGGGACGGAUGGAGUAGAAAAUUCGCUUCUCUCAGCAAGGUACUAUAGUCAGUACUUUCUACACAUUAGGGUUUAUCUGCAAGGUUUUCUAUGUUCACAUUUUAAUAAUGGUUGCCUUUUUCUCCCCCAAAAGAGACCAUGCUUCCCAAAACGAGUAAGCAUUAAUUCCAUGCACUAGAAGCACAAGUGCAAAAAUGGUUAAAGAUGCACUCCAAAUAGCACUCAUUCUUAGAAUGUUGCAACUUAAAAGCUUAAUAUGAUACCUAACAUCAGCAAGUUCUUUGACACUUGUGAUGUGUUGGUGCAGAUCUAGUAAGAACUAAAAAGGCCUGGUCUACACUUGAUUGGAUCUUAUGAGGCCCUAGCCCAUGUGCUCUUAUAAUUUCUGCUCCACUCACCAUCAGGGCCUUGUCUCUUUCAAAGCCUUUAGGCAGUUUCCAAUCAUGUAACGAGACUAAUUGAAUUAAGCAAUUGUGCCUGUGUUCGAAAGAUGGUUUGAUGGGGCUUCUUCUGAACAGUGCUAGUAGAAAGUACUGACUAUGAGUUCACUGGCAAUCAUUUCCCCCCUUGAUAAUCCUCAUGUUAAUAAGGCAAAUAUUUGUCCUUUUUCUAGCAGGUCUAGUACAACCUCCGGAGUUUUCCCAUGGCCUCGGCUGCUUACACUGAUGAUUCUGGUUCCGAGGUUAUUGAUCCUCCAAAGUCUGAGGUACUGGAUGUUGCUGAACUUGUCGGCGAUCAUACACAGCUUACACAAAAAUCAAAUGUGGUGGCUUCUAGCAGCGUUCGCGAACUUUUGGAAUGCCCCGUCUGCUUGAGUGCCAUGUACCCUCCUAUACAUCAGUGCUCUAAUGGCCAUACAUUGUGCUCUGGAUGCAAGCCAAGGGUUCACAACCGCUGCCCAACUUGUAGGCAUGAACUAGGUAACAUAAGAUGCCUUGCUCUUGAGAAGGUGGCUGCAUCUCUUGAGCUUCCAUGCAAGUACCAGAACUUUGGUUGCUUAGGCAUUUACCCAUACUACUGCAAGCUGAAGCAUGAGUCACAGUGCCAUUAUAGGCCUUAUAGUUGUCCAUACGCUGGAUCUGAAUGUACAGUUGGUGGUGACAUUCCAUACUUGGUAAAUCAUUUGAAAGAUGAUCACAAAGUUGAUAUGCACAGUGGAAGCACUUUCAACCAUCGCUAUGUCAAGUCAAAUCCUCAUGAAGUUGAGAAUGCGACCUGGAUGCUUACGGUUUUCAGCUGCUUUGGCCAGUACUUCUGCCUGCAUUUUGAGGCAUUUCAGUUGGGCAUGGCACCUGUGUACAUCGCUUUCCUGAGGUUCAUGGGAGAUGAUGCGGAAGCAAAGAAGUACAGCUACAGCCUGGAGGUAGGAGGUGGUGGGCGCAAGAUGAUCUUUCAAGGGGUUCCCCGGAGCAUUCGAGACGGCCAUCGGAAGGUCAGAGAUAGCUAUGAUGGGCUAAUAAUCCAACGGAACAUGGCCUUGUUCUUCUCUGGUGGUGAGAGGAAGGAGCUUAAAUUGAGGGUCACCGGGAGGAUUUGGAAAGAAGAGUGAAAUGAUCCAGCCGAUUCAUCGAUUUCCCUGGUAUGAAUGAGCUCAUGGGUCGCAUCAUGAAAACUGUAUUUCCCAGGGGCUGAUUCUGAAGCGUGCAAAUUGUAAUACCUGUAGCCUGUUUUAGCCAUCGUCUACUCGAUUGGUGUCUGCUCAGAUAACCUGGGUGACAGUGAUACUGUUGUAGGAAUCUCCUCUUUGCCUUGAACCAGUACCAGUUAGGAGUCGCCAUUCUGUAGCAUAGGGGAGCCUAUUGGCAACCCAUGAGAUGUAAAGGUUCUAUGUAGCUUUCGUUCUCUGUUUCAAACUCCGUUUCCAUGGUUCAUUUAAGAGGAUGUGUAACAGCUUGAGAAUUAGAACGUGGAUUUAAUCAUGAUGAAAUGCAAGAAACAUUGGAGUUGGCGUUGCAAACUAAUUUCAGGAAUGUAUCUUUUGGAGCGUGAAUCGAGAUGGUUCUUACUGUUCUGCUGCUAAUAAAAUGGCUCGGCCCAGCUUACAGAACCAAUGUUGGGGCUCCUACCCACGCAUUAGCAGACACAGCAAUGUUGGGGCUGUUUAUUUUUAUUUUUACCUUUUUGAGAAGAGAGAUAAUACUCCCUCUGUAAAGAAAUACAAGAGCGUUUAUAGAUCACUAAGAUGAGGGACGUGUAGGAUUCUUGAUGGUGUUAAAUGAAAUCAUCUAAUGCUUCAAAGCAGCAACAUAUCUAUCUACCUACCUUGAGGUCAAAGUCAACGCAAACCAACCAUUGUGCUAAAGAUGGAGAGAACCAGUAUAUGGAUAAUAUGCAUGCAAAGAACGAUGAUUAGCAGAAACCCAGUUACUUACAUUAAUCAAACAAACUCACUGGAGUACAUUUGUUACAUACAAACAUAUAAUCAAAUCACAGAUCGUUAAACGCGAAAAGCGAUUUUUUUUGGCUUCACAACUACGUAUAUAUAUGGGGACAAGAACUCCAUUGUUCUCCCAGCUCCGCCAAGCCAAGCACAAGCAGCAAACCCGAGCCACAAAUGAGUGUGCAUGACCACGAGAAUUCAGAAACUGUAUGUCUCUAAUUCUUGCAGUACUACUUGCCAUUUAUAGGAGGCAUAGCAAGCGAUCAAGAAAAGCAAGCGGGACAUCGUACCAAGCCGUUCUCGUUGCAGUGGCCGCAGCAGCUGGUGCGUCCUUCCUCCACGAAAACCUUGCGGGAGCCAGCGCAGGCGGGGCAGGGCACGAAGCGGACGCCCCCGCACGCGUCGCAAACGAAGGCCGGGUCCUGCCCCGCGGUGCCUUCGAGGAGGCGCCGCAGCUCGCCCGCUUCGUGCAGCUGCCUCGCCUCUUCGGCGCCGCCGACGAGCCGGCCCUGACGAAGAGCUGUGUUAGCGGGCAGCUGCUACACAUCAUCCGACUGAUUUCCUGGGAAAUCAGUCGGGUCCGUAGCCGUUCGAUCCAUCGCGCCUAAGCCGUUAGAUAGUCAACGCUGCUUCAUCGCUUCCUUCCUUCCUCCCCCGAGCGUUGGUCCAUGGCUUUCUUCUUCCCCGAGCACACGCAGCUGUUCGCCGCUGCGUCACAGACAGUAGCAACGCCGAUGAGCAGCGUGCGGCGGCCAUGGCUGAUGUUGCGAUGCAGUGCACGGUGACGACGACGGAAGCUUCAAUGCGGCAAGGUGGUUCCUGCGAUGCAGCUCCGGCAGCGACGGGUGUUACAACGCAGCACAUGGCGGCCAUGGCGGGAGCUGCGACGCAGCGGGGAUGCUGCGAUGCAGCGCAUGGUGAUGGUGACGGAAGCUUCGACGCGGUGCGGUGGUUGGUGCGAUGCGGCGCCGGCGGCGACGGAUGUUGGGAUGCAGCACGCGGCGGACAUGGCUGAAGCUGCGAUGCAGCGCAGGGAUGUGUUGCGAUGCAGCUCCGGCUGCGCUCCAAUACAGCUGUGGCGGUGCUUCAUUGCAGCCCCUUGAGUGAGAUGAAUCAAGGCGGCGCCGAAGUCCCCUCCUCCGCUGCGGGUUGUGGUGCUGCCUCUCCUCUGCCGCGUCAUGAACG